GUGAUACGACAUGAAAUUUUGUAUUCCCCGUGUCAGCUUACAUACUUAAAGAAAUUGGAAAUGGCUUCGCUGUUCGAGGAAGAUCUUUUCGAACAAACAGGGCAGUACGAACCUCUUACGACUCGUCUACGUAAUAUACUCCGUGAAUACAAAGAUGGCGUCGGUAUUUUCAAAGAAUUGAUUCAAAAUGCAGACGAUGCUGGAGCUACAAAAGUCAAGUUUUUGGUGGACUGGAGACAAGGAAGAACGGAGAGUCUUUUCUCCCCUGGCAUGGCUGAAUGCCAAGGACCAGCAUUGUGGGCCUACAACGAUGCUGUGUUCACUGACGAUGAUUUUGAAAACAUCAACAAGCUUGCAGGAGAAACGAAAGUCGGAGAUAUUUCAAAGAUUGGUAGGUUUGGUCUUGGUUUCAACGCCGUCUAUCACCUCACAGACGUUCCAAGUUUCAUCAGCCGAGAACACUUGGUGGUAUUUGAUCCGAACACUCACCAUUUACAACGUCACAUUAAGGACAGAUCCCGUCCUGGAAUUCGCAUCAAUCUUUCCGAGAAAUCAGAGUCGCUAACACGUUACCAGGAUCAGUUUCAGCCAUACAAUGGCGUCUUUGGUUGCAAUACAACGCAAACACGUGAAGCAUUCCACUAUAAUGGAACAUUAUUCCGAUUUCCUUUCCGCACGGCCACCCAAGCGAAAACUAGUGAUAUCAUCAAAACCGCUUACGGUCGGGACAAGGUUCAAAGUAUUGUUCGUAGCCUUUGUGAAUGCGCUGAAACCCUUUUGAUCUUUUCCCAACAUGUGAAAGAAGUAGAAGUCUUUGAAUUGAGUGGACGGAGUCAGCCAGGCCUAAUGCGAUUGGUACUCUCUGUAAAGAAACCCAGCGUUCAAGUCCUCAGUCAAGAAGGGGUGAACGACAAAGAACCGUUCAUUAAACAGUGUUCUAAAUGGUGGGGAAAACACCGUGAAUCUCAAAUGUCUUGCGAUAUAUUUCCGUCCAGUUGUGAGAUGGUAAAUAUUGUGACUACAAAAGAGCGGUCGGAACUGAAUGGUUGUAAUGGUCGAAAACACAGCAAUCAAAAGUGGCGUGUAGUUUCAGCAAGUGGUAGAGACGCAUCUCUCGAAAUUGCUCGCUCACCAGAAGGUCGUGCUCGUGGCUUUUUGCCCUGUGGUGGGGCAGCGUUUGUCGUUCAGAAAGCAGCUAAGAAACGUUCUUACUCAGAUCUUUCUGGGGAACUGUUCUGUUUCCUUCCAUUGUCUAUUUCCACAGGGCUUCCUGUCCAUGUUAACGGUUACUUUGCCAUCAUGUCUAAUCGCGUUGAACUUUGGAAACGAUCGAUUAUAGGAAGCCAAGCAGUCGAGGUGAAAUGGAACGAAGCGCUGAUGGAGGAUGCACUGGCCAGAGCUUACAUCAUGCUUCUUGAAAACGUGAAAGAUUUGAUCGGUAAGAAAAAAGAUUACGAAUACCACAGUUUGUGGCCAAGCAGUGACACCGUUGACAUGAAAUCUUGGGCGAAGCUAGUUCAGAAAAUUUGCAGUGUCUUGUUGGAUCCGAAUUCCAAGUUGUUCUACUGCGAUGGAAACUGGAUGAGUGUCAACGAUGGUUACAUACUGAGCGAUGAAUUUACCGAGAUCUACGAGACGACAGUGGACGUUUUGCGAUCCCUGGGAACCCAUGUUUUCAGUUUACCCCGUAACAUAUUAAACACCCUGAGGCAGUACGAUCAAUCCGGGAUUCUCCAACGACGAACUUUGUCGUUCACUGUUUUCAUUCAAAAAUACUUUCUCCCAAACAUCAGAAUCUUCCUUCCGUCUCAGCGGGACGCCAUUGUUUGCUUUGGUUUGGAUCGCAUCUUUCGAGGGUCUGGAUCAUUUUUCUACAGAAGAAACAACGAAAGUGAGCUGAUCGAUCUCUUUAAAACAAAUCGUUGCAUCUCAGUAUCCCAAAAUCAGGUGAUCUUGGUGAAACCCUGUGAACUUAUUCACCCGUCCAGUGUAGCAGCGAAGUUGUUUUCUGAGCAAGAUCACCGUUUUCCAGCUGGAAAUGACCUGCGUGAUGCAAACAGAUUGUAUGUUUUGGAAACACUCGGUAUGGUAAGAGAUCUGGAUUGGGCCGGAGUAUAUGAACGGGCUCAGUCGGUCGCAAAAACUAGAGAUCUGGGACGGUGUCGCAAGUUAAUCAAGUACAUUAGAAAGCGAUCAGUAGAACUAUCAAUAUCAGAUUACCAUCAAAGUUCUCUCCAACGUGUAAAGUUCUUGCCAGUGUUAAAGUAUCCUGUUGAAGAAUAUCCUCUACCUUGGAAAGGAUCACCACUUGUUCACUCAUACCUCCUCUACUCACCAAUCAACGUUUUCCUACCAGAACAUGCCAACCUCAUCGGAUCGUCGUGUCUAAUCGUAGACACCUCUGAGGAAAGUGGUUGUGGAGAGAUAAAUGCACCAGUGGCAGAUAUUUUGGGCUUUUUAAGUCGUCGUCCGGAAGACAAGUUUGUGUUUCAACAGUUAGACGAAGCAAUUUCUUUUUGGAAUCAGCUAUCUGAAGAAGAAAAACAAGAGACAGAAAUAAAGUCUGCGAUCGAAUCCAUAUGCCAGAGUAUUUACAAUUUUUUUGAUGAAAAGGUUGUGGAUCGUGUUUCCAGCCUCUCGCAAACGAGUUUCUUGAACAGUCUUGCCAAUCGACACUGGUUGUUUCUUGAUGGUAAAUUCGUGAAAAGCAGUAAAGUUGCUUUUACAUCCAACGGGAUUGGAUCUCCAUUUUUGUUUACUCUUCCAUCCUAUUACAUAAGAAAUUAUCGAAAUCUUUUUCAAGCGAUGAAAAUCAAGAACGAAUUUGAUGUUGAAGAUUACAUCAGUGCUCUUUAUGAAUUAAAAAAGAUGAAACAAGAACUUGCGUUGACCGAAAAUGAAUUCCACAUUGCAUUAUUCUUCAUCAAUGAAAUCGAUGUUGAAAAUCCCGUCGUGGAGAAUCACAAGGGCAAGAUCCCACUUCCGGACACCGAGCGUAUUUUGCGCAGAAGUCGAGAUGUCGUUGUUAAUUUGGAUUUGUGGCUCGAAGAUCCAGAUAAUCAUCUGAAAGUACAUGAGAAAAUAUCAGCGCAAACCGCACAUGCCCUCGGUGCUAAGCCACUGAAAAACGUGAUAUUGAAGAAAUGUUCGAGUCGCAUCGGCUAUGGGGAUUCGUUUGGACAGCAUGAAGAACUGACUGACCGAAUAAAGGGGAUUAUAGAUGAAUACCCUGUUGACGGAAUACUAAAGGAGCUCGUUCAAAAUGCUGACGAUGCUCAAGCUUCGGAGAUACACUUCAUACACGAUACUCGAUCAGAUCUACCCUAUGAAAAAGUUGCAACAGAAGACGGGACAACCGAGGAGAUACAAGGACCGGCACUUUGUGUGUACAACGAUAGGCCAUUUACAAAGAAAGACAUCGAAGGAAUUAAGAAUCUUGGUAUUGGAAGUAAACGAGGUAGCCCGGAGAUGACAGGCAGAUAUGGGAUUGGAUUCAACUCCGUUUAUAACCUCACGGACUGUCCAAGUUUUUUGUCAAAUGAUGACACUCUAGUGAUUCUUGAUCCACAUCGCCGUUACGUCCUUGAUGAAGACCCUGGCAAACUGUUCACGCUCAACACCAACCUACGUCAUAUUUUUUCAGACACGCUCAAAGGAUAUCUUGCUGACCAUUUCAAAUUAAAAGGCUCCACUAUGUUUCGUUUUCCGCUAAGAAAAAGAGAUAAUGAGUCAAGAAUUUCCAAGUUUUGCCCGAACCUGAAGAGAUUUCUAGCCACUUUUCAAAAGGAAGCGAAAAGGUCGUUGCUGUUUCUAAAUCAUGUUAAGAAGAUAACCCUUUCAACAUUGCAUCAGGGUAACAAGCUUGAAACCAUAUAUUGCGUCGAAUCUGUAAUUUCGUCAGAGGAUGAGGAAAAGCGCCGUCAGUUGACAAAGAAAAUUUUGGACCAAAGUAAUACGCCAACAGCGGAAAUUGAAUGGCAAGAGGUCAGUUACAUCCUGGCUAUUAAAGAAGGCAGAAGUGAAGUCGAGAAAUGGUUGAUACAGAAGUGCUUUGGAUCAGUUAAUUCAACCUCAAAUGCGAACAUAACUCGAAUUCCCGAUGGUUGCCAUCUUGGUCUUCUUCCUCGUGGUGGCGUGGCAGCUCGACUGUGUUCCCCACCUGGCCAUGAAACGUUGCGUGGUAUAGUGUACUGCUCCCUGCCUCUUCCGGAGAACUACACCGGCCUACCAGUUCAUGUCAAUGGGCAUUUUGCCUUAGAUAACACCAGACGAGGUCUUUGGAGCGAUACUUACGGAAGGGGAGCAAAAUAUGAAUGGAAUCAAUUUAUGCUUCGCUGUGUAUUACCACCGGCAUAUGCAGCCUUGAUCAAAGAAGCUCAGAAUCAUCUCUGCGAUGAUGAAGCUGACGACCGUUUUUCGCGUUACCAUCGUCUGUUUCCUAAAGUUGGGGGAGGUUCGUCGUGGAAAACCCUUACCAGCGAGUUAUAUCAAUAUCUUGGACAAACAAAAGCCAAAGUAUUGCCAUUGCUAAUUCCCGAAGAUAAAGCAACAGGAAUUAGCCUUAAAUCCUUUGUUGGUGGGUUGGUGACCUAUAUUUGGCGAAAUGAUGACCCUGAGCAACCACCGCCUUUUAGAUUUAUUGAAUGGAUGUCUUCUGACCAAGUAUACUUCAAGGAUUUGGGGGAUUUGGAAGAUUUGGAGGAUGAGUUUUUAUACCUUUUGUUACGAAUUGGUCUUCCGGUAUUGCUUCACGCUCCAUACCAAAUAUACGAUGGUUAUAGAUCAGUUGGUAUGCCAACGAAUAAAGUAAAUCCAAAAAACGUAAUCAGGUUCCUAAGCGAAUUUCAAUCGAUUGGAUCUACCUGCAAGAUUGGUAAUCUUCCGAAAAAUCUGGAAAACACAGUAUUCAAGAGUGUGGAAGAAUUGUUAAUGUUGAUGAAGUAUUGCUGCAAGGAUGCAGAUCUUGGCAAGCAGUUAAAAGGCCUUCCUUUGCUUUUAACACAAGAUGGCUGCCUAAGAAUUUUUAAACAUCCAGUGUUCCGUUCUAAAUUCGGGGAUCUCAUUCCAACGCAGUCUGACUUGUUUAUUCAUUCUGAAAUUGUCCAUCAAAUCCCGUCAGAUUCUACCGAAUCGGAGGAAGAUAUUGUUCGAAAUUUUACCGAAAAAGAUCUCGCACGAUUACUACCGAACGUGUUCCCAAAUGAAACGUUAAUUGCUAUCAAGGAUCGUGCCGCAUGGGAACUCCCUCCCGAGGGACCUUUGUCAGAAAAGUGGUUGGAACGAGUUUGGGAUUUCUUGCAAAAUCACACAAAACCUGGACCCGAAGAAGAUUCUGCCUCGCUGGAUUGCCUGUCAGAAUGGCCAAUUGUUCCAACGGAAGAUGGAAAACUUGUGACGGUCACGGACGCGAAAUACAUUUUGGAUAUGACUGUUUUAGGAAAUGAGUCUGCACAACAACAAAACGUUCGCACAUUUUUGAAAAAUCUGGGGUGUCCUGUGCUAAACAAGCAGAUUACAUUUCAAGAGGAGUCUACGAGAAAUGUUCGCCCUGUGCUUGAUCCAUAUGUUGCCCACCCUCACAAAGUCGAAGAUGUGUUACUCGUACUUUGUCACAUGUUGGAGAGAAAAGAACUCGACACCUCAAAGCUUCCCGAAAAUGAUAUUCCUAACUUCCUUCGGUUUGUACAAGACGACUACGAAAGGUCGGAGCAUUUGGAAGACUGCAAGCAAAUGGUAAAGGAAUUACCGUUCCACAAAACGUUGGAUGGAAAACUUGUGAGUUUGCUCGGUCCCUAUUUUUCUUAUGCUCUUGUUCCCUCUGGCGUUCCAACACAACAGUUGGACGAGCUUCAAAAGCGGGCGAAAUCUCUUUUCCUGGACUCUGAUGCUAUAGAUACGCUCAAGAAACUCUACACCGAUCUUGGCGUGAUAGGUGGUAAAGACGUCAAGGAAUUUUACGUGGAGUAUGUCUUCAAAUAUUUCGAUAUUUUCACUGGGGAAAGUCAACUAGAACAUUUAAAAAACAUCAAGGAAAACAUCUUCCCGUCACUCCCAAGAGGUUACUCGCGUGAAAAGGAAACAUUUCUAAAAAGUUUUAAAGAAACUCCUUGUAUUCCUGACAUAAAUGGCCGACCGCGUGUUGCAUCUGAGUUUUUCGACACAAAAAAUGCUUUGUUUUGUGCAAUGUUUGUAGACGACCCAGAGAAAUUUCCAUCUCCGCCAUUCGACGAUGAAGAUUGGCGUGGCUUACUUCGUUCGAUUGGAUUGCAAGUUGAUGUCACUCCUCAGUGCUUCCUGCAAUUUUGUGAAACGGUUGCCAUAAAUGGAAAACGUUCUCCCGAAAGCAAACAAUAUCGCCAGCAGUCCAAAGAGUUAGUCAAUUGUCUGUUUUCAGAGGAAGCUUUGCAGAACGAGGAAUUUUUAGUUAAAAUCUCUGAAAUUGGUUUUAUUGCGUCAGCUACAAUGGAAGAUGAACUUGCCUCAAUUCACAAGCCGUAUGAAUGUUCACAAAACAUCCAUCCACCUUUUAUCGAGUUCCGUGAUGCAGUGCCGUGGCAUUUGAGAAAUAUUUCAUGGACUACUGUUCCAAUUCUCCCAGACUGGGUGCAACCGAACGAAAUGGAUAAAUGGAGCAGCCUUGGCAUUGCUGACUCUGGUCCGGCAUAUACCAAAGUCAUCGAUCAUCUUCAAAACAUUGUCAGUUCACCUAGUCUCGAGUCGUGUGAAAGUUCACUCUUGGGUGAAAUCACCACGUCAAUUUAUACGUCUUUGUCGGCUACUAUGCAAUGCUCCUUUACCAAUUCACAUGACAGUUGUGAAGAUGUUUGUAAAGACAUUGGUGCAAGAUUGGAAGGGAGUUCAUGCAUCUUCCUUCAAGAAGAUAAAACCUUUGUGAAAGCAGAACAGCUUGUUUUUAAAAUAUCUAGUCGAUUCCAUUUGAAGCCAUUCCUCUUUCCUGUGCCACCUAAAUUUAGGGAAUUGCAACAUUUUUUCAAACGACUUGGUGCAACAGAAAGGCCAACACCACAGCAGAUCGCCUACGCCCUGAGAUCCAUUCACGAACAGAUCGGAGAAGAGAUGCUCUCUGCUGAACAACAGAAACAAACCAAAUAUGCCAUGCGUGUCAUUUUCCGUUCAUUACACAAGGGCCAAACUGCUGAUGGCAUAAAUGAAUUGUAUUUGCCAACACAAUGCGGACGCCUUCUCAAAUCCUCUGAGACUGUAUGCAAAGUCUCACCUCGUUUUACUGAAGUAGUCAAAAAUCUUGAACGUCCAAUUCUGUUGCGGUUCGGUGAAUGUUGCCUGAAAAAAAUUGCAGAUAGUUAUAUUGAUGCUUUACCAGAGCAUUUAACACCAAUAAAGUUCGGUGAUAUUAUCCGAGAGAAUGUUUCUUCUGAGUGCAAACGUUCAGUAUGCCUUGAGGCUCGAGAUGGCUCCAUAUGCAAAUUCGAGGAAGAAUUCCAGGAUCUGUUGAAAUCCGACGAGUUCCAGGAAGGCUUGAAACGCUUACUAAGUCACGAUCAACAGAAGCCUAAAGCCUUUGCAGAAGUCAUAAAGAAACUGCAAACGGAUGUUAAGAUGAAAUGCGUGGGAUUCGAAAGGGUAAAAAUAGAUAUUAUCCGCUGUGAAACGAACGAAGUGUUGGAUAAUUUGGCGGAGGUUUGUUACACGGUGAAGGAAAAUGACACAUGGUCAUUUUACAUGCAACACGAUUUUAAAGAUGAUCGUAAAUUCCUUUCAACUGCUUCCUGUGUUAACAAGAUACUCGGAGAUUGUAUAAAAAGAGAAAUCGGUCUGAUUGCAAUGGUUAGCUGUUCGUUACCAAGUGAAAUUUCAGCAGAGUUAGAUAGACUUGAUAUUCCUUACAGUAGUUGGGAAACUGCUGAUGACUCCGAUGUGUCUGACGAUGAAUCUGAACUAGAUGAGGCUGAACAUGGUAGGUCUCGUCACUCUCGUGGCCUUGCUCUUGGUCAUGAUGAUGGUGCUGGUCUACUUCAUCCAUGGACAACCGAUAGAAUGGUGGAUGAAAGAUUCUAUCCACAGAAUCCUGGUGAAAUGUUUCGUUGGCUGAAGCAAUCCAUGAGCGACUUAGACAGUGCGAAAUGGUUACUCCAAGCCGGUCCACCUUUCGACGCCCUUGCUUGUUUCCAGAGUCAUCAAGUGGUGGAGAAAUGUUUGAAAGGAAUGUUAUUCUACAGUUGUGGUAUUCCUGGUGAAUUGCUUAGUUCUCACAAUGUGGAGAAUCUGGCAAUGGCGCUCAGGGGAAAAACAGAACUACCGGAUGACACAGCGAUGCAGUCGGUGAGAACAGUUGCUGGAUACUACCUAAGCACCCGUUAUCCCAACCGCCAACCGUUUGAUAUCGUUCCUGCCGAAGCCUUUGACGCAAAUGAAGCACAGAGGGCAAUUAAUGCAGCCUCGAAAGUAUUUACACAUCUUGUUGAAAAUUUUCUUAAAGAUUGAUUGACGAUAGAUAAGUAAACAGCUUCUAUGAUGUAUACCUUUAAUUCUUUUGUUUUUUUGAAUUCGCUGGAGUGUCGGAUCCGGCGACGUGAUUCGAAGAAAGAACGCCUAGCAUAAUUCGAAUAGUCCUUUCAUACGAACCAUUUUUUUCUAACUGUCGAAUUUCAAUUUUUAUGGUAUACAUCGCUUUCGGGAUGUCAUACUAUAAUAGCCUUCACAUCAAACAAGACUGUGAAGGCGUCCGGUAUUCGAAUAUAAAUAAUUAUUUUCAGAAAAAAUUGACUGUCGAAAAUUUGCACGAACAAAAGUUGUUUAAUAGAAUUGAAGCCGUUUAAAGUUUAUUUCGUACUUUGCUGCGUGGAAGAUUCUACAGUUGAUGUUUGAGAAACUACGAAAUAUGUUAGGCUUUCUAUCACGCAUUCGUAUUUUUACGUUUUAAUUUUAACUGACCAAAUACCUUAAAUUAUUGUAACAGAUGACAAAUGCAUGACAAAAUUAAUUAGUUUUAGUAGGACAUAUAUGCACGAAAGCGAUUUUAUGGGGAAAAUACAUGGGAAGACGUUUUAUUACUGAUUUACCAAUUGGACAAAUGAACUAUAAUUAAGAUUUAGACCAGCAAGCAUGAAUUGGUUAGUUGUUGAAACACUUGGCAUUGUGGUAUAGUGGUAGAUGAAUGCAU